CCCGCGUCCGCCCCGCGCCGCAGCCGGGCCGGGCGCAGAGCUGCGGAGGCGAGGGCCGCGGGGCCGGGCCGGCGCGGCGAUGAUGAACAGGUUCCGAAAGUGGCUGUACAAACCCAAGAGGUCGGACCCACAGCUGCUCGCCCAGUUCUACUAUGCGGACGAGGAGCUGAACCAGGUGGCCGCCGAGCUGGACAGUCUGGACGGGCGGAAGGACCCGCAACGGUGCACGCUGCUCGUCAGCCAGUUUCGCUCCUGCCAGGACAACGUGUUAAACAUCAUUAACCAGAUCAUGGAUGUGUGCAUCCCCCAGGACCGAGCCCCACGGGAUUUCUGCGUCAAGUUCCCCGAGGAGAUCCGGCAUGACAGCCUGGCGGGCCAGCUGUGGUUUGGGGCCGAGUGCCUGGCCGCCGGCUCCAUCAUCAUGAAUCGCGAGCUGGAGAGCAUGGCCAUGCGCCCGCUGGCCAAGGAGCUGACGCGCAGCCUGGAGGACGUGCGGGGCGCCCUCCGCGAUCAGGCGCUGCGGGAUCUCAGCACCUACACGGAGAAGAUGAGGGAGGCGCUGAGGCACUUCGACGUCCUGUUUGCUGAGUUCGAACUGAGCUACGUCUCUGCCAUGGUGCCCGUGAAGUCGCCCAGGGAGUACUACGUGCAGCAGGAGGUCAUUGUGCUGUUCUGCGAGACCGUGGAGAGGGCCCUGGACUUCGGGUACCUGACCCAGGACAUGAUUGACGACUAUGAACCGGCCCUCAUGUUCACCAUCCCCAGGUUGGCCAUCGUGUGUGGCCUCGUGGUCUACGCGGACGGACCCCUGAACUUGGACCGCAAGGCAGAAGACAUGUCUGAGCUGUUCCGGCCCUUCCACACGUUGCUGCGGAAAAUAAGGGAUUUGCUGCAGACCCUGACGGAGGAGGAGCUUCACACGCUGGAAAGGAACCUCUGCAUUUCCCAAGACGUGGAGUUUCCCAUCCGGGCAGACGCCCAGGCGCCCCCAGCCCUGGCGCCCGCCUUUCCCUCACCCCUCCCCGCCGAGGAAAUGCUCUCAGCCAAGGCCAAAAGCCAGGAGGGGGAGCUGGCCUGCUCCAUGCAGUAUGACGACCAGGAGCUAGAGCAACUCAACCGCAUGGUCCACAGGGCCGGGGACGAGAUGUCGUCCCUCCUCUCCCCGCCCAGCGCCUGCCAGUCCCCCGCGCACAGGCCGGGGGCGGAGGGCAGCCCCCGCGGGGAGGCCUCCCCAGGCAGCGCAGGGCUGCGGCCGGGCGGCGACGAGGAGGAAGGAAGGGUGUUCUUCAUGGAUGACGUGGAAGGGGCUGCAGAGGCCCCGGGCAGCCCGGCUGGGUGGGCGGGCAGCGCCAGUGCUGGCCCCCAGGAGAGAGGACAGGGCAAGGGGCGUGGGGAGGCAGGGGCCAGCAGGCCCGCCGAGGCAGAGGAGGGGGACCUGAGCACUAACAACAACGUCCAGGACGACAAGCUGUGGGCGCUGGGCCCCAACUCCUGCAGCUGCCUGGACUCCCAGCCACACCUGGAGGGCUGGGAGGCGGGGGUGGACGCCGCGGGGACGGCGGAGAUGAUCGCCCACCGGACAGGGGGCAUGAAGCUCUCGGCCACCGUCAUCUUCAAUCCCAAGUCGACCCCGGCCGUGGGCGUGGCCGGCACCGCCCCGGAAGCCUCUGGAGAGGGCGUCUCCCCGUCGGAGCCUGCGGCCGAGGGGAUGGACGGUGGCUCCCACAAACUCAGUGCUGCGGCCACCAGCUGCCUCCUGAACUCCUGCGUGUGCUGCGGGGGCUGUGGGGGCGGCAGGGAGGACGCCGCUGCCCAGAGUCUGCGGGACAAGUGCGGCCCGGGAAGCGUCAUCAGCGCCUCCUACAUGGGCUCCGCCAAGGCCGGCGCCAAGGGCCCUGCCGAGAGACAGGAGGAGGCCCAACCUGCGCCAGAGGCGUUGCCCACGGACGCCCCGUGCCCCCUGCCCCCAGAGGACGCCCCUACUUCCAACAAGUGCCUGACACACACCCCAGGUCCUCAGCUCGAUGCAGCAGACAGGUCACCUGGAGCGGGCGCCGCCGCCAGUCCGAAAAGGGAGCCUGAGGCUGGACCGCAGGAGGCAGGGCAGCCCUCGACGGCCAGGCUGGAAAGUCAGCAGGGAGAGGAGGCCGAGCAGGAGCCUCAGCGCCUGUCGGGCUCCAGCUUUUUGAGGUGCUGUCGACUGGUUUCCAGAGGGUCUGCAGUUCUGCGCCCGCUGGGUCGUGCGUGAGGCCCCACCUUCUGGACAUCCUCGCCAGCGCUCAUGAUCACCUGAGACUUUUACCAACAGUGCGUUUGUCCUUAGGGAGCACACACAGCGUGGACUGCUCCCAACCCCCUCGAGACCGAGACCGUUCCUUUCCUUGAGACUGUGCCCCCGGUGUUACUCACAGCAGGUUAUUUUAUUUCAUUCAACGUGAGAUGCAUAGAGAUGGUCAUUUGCAUUUAUUUCUGGAGAUGUGCCCACUUUCCCUUCCAGCCGCGUGGCCCCCCGUGUGGCUGCACCAGACCCUGCUGUUACAGACGGUGCAAACAUCUGUUUUUGAGGUCCAAGCCCAGCUUCCUCAGCCGUGUCCAGAGGGAAUGAGUUAUUGUCACAACCCGCUGGGUGGCUUUCUUCAUCAGGGCCUCUGACCCUGCGGCACAGAGCUGAUUGGUAAGCGGAUAACUUUUUUGCAAGGAUGAUAGGAAAUCAUCAGGAAUUCUUUGACAGGAUACGUGAACUUUUCGGCUUUUGACCUGCCCCCCUUUCUGGGUCCAGCCAGCGGACACCCGCUCUGUCUCCUGGUUUCCUGACGUGUCCCACAGUGGACACGGCUUGUUUGCCUCACAGACAGCUUCCCAAGGCCUCACUCACCAUAGCACAAACGCUGAGGCUGAGCUGAGGAAAGGGAAGAGAAGCCCCACGGUGGCCUUGAGAGACAGUCCCAUCUUGCAGGGAAGCUGCAGAGGGUCUGAGGAGGGAAGAAUGUGGCAGGUGGUGAGAUGAUCAGGACAGACCUGCGUGUGGGCCAGGACCUUGGACAGCGAUGCCCCGCCCCCAUGCCCCCCACAGCGGAAUCCCCUGUCUUGGCCAGGACCUUGGACAGCGGUGCUCCCCCCCUUCCCCCCCCCCCCCCCCCCCCCAGCCCCUGUAGCGGGAAUCCACCCGCAGUGCACACAUCAGGAGCGCCUUUCGCUCAUGUCACAAGCUGACCUCAUGGGCGUGCUCGAACACUAAUACAGAGGUGACAGAGCAGGGUACAGUUAAAAUGAACAGACACAAAGGACCAGCCUCACACAGGCAGGAAGUUCACCAAAAUUCAUGAGGCUUCACAAUGGAGACUGUGGGCCUUGCAUGCAGGGGCAGGUGACUACCCCUCCCAUUCUGCAGAUGGACAGGCUGGAGUUUGCCUCAGCUCCAAGUGCCUGGAAGAUGUGGGUGGCCUGCAGCCUCCUGCCUGUCCUGACCUGCAGGUGACCGGUGGCUGGAGGAGUGAGCGGCAGGCGUGGCACUGUGCUCAUGAGCUCCCAGUCCUGAGGGGGAGUCACACAAGUGCAGCCUCACACCUCUUCGAGCCACACAGGGUUGGCCCAGGCGCACGGAGUUGUGACGGAGGGUCCGCCUGCCCCGAGGACACCUGGAGCGGAUUUUCCUGCUUAAGCAGAAGACAGGUGGAAGGCAGGGCACUGGGGUCUCAGCUGGAGAAGCCCCCGCGGCAGCCCCCCAGGCCCUACAUUCAGCCCGCCGCACCACGGCCCGUUCCACCAGCACUGUUGCCAGGAUGGUGGGACAUGGCCCUCAGCAGAAUCCGGGGCAGAAUGUUCCAGAAUCAUGGGUCCUUCAGCUUUUCUCUUUUUACUGGCUUCUUUUCUCCUACCUUUUCAGGAAAAGUUAGGAGCUUUUUAAAGGAAAAGUUAACAUUUUUAAAAAGCUUGUUCCCUGUCUAGACUCACCUCACUGUUCCAGAACCUUCCAUGCUGUGGAAGCCUGAAUAAGUCACUUGUGUACAACAUGGAAGCUCAUCCUGCUUCAAGUCUGUUUUUGUCCUUUCUGCGGACAUUAGACUAGAGUGUUUCCAUCCUGCUGCCUUGUUUAAAAAAUAACACGGGCUCUCUUUUUUCUUAUUAUAAACAUGGCCCCGUUCAUUGUAGAAACUUUGGAAACAGAAGGAAAUAAAAAUCAUCCCAAAUCCCAUGGGCAGUUUUAUUUUUCUCACUAAACCUUAUCUUGUGAUCAUUGCUCUGUAAAGCUCUUGAAAAACACUAUUUCUGUUGAACUUUACUGUAUCCUAAGAACAUACCUAAUUUAUUCUAUGUUUUCCCACUUCCAUACAUUUUUUCUAUGUUAAAUUAGCUUUGUGGUCAUGCUCCCUUACGGCUCUGCA